UCCUCUUCUCUGAUUGGUCGUUCGAGUUUCUGGUUGUCAUCGAUCCAAGAUGGCGGCCACCCUGGUGGAGCAUGUUGUCGCAGAUGCAGGAGCGUUUUUAAAGAAAGCGCCUCUCCAGGACAUCGGCAGGAACAUCUACACUCUGAGAGAUGUGGUGGACGAGAUCCGAGACAAACCCACCAGGAGGAGUCUGGCCUUCCUGCCGUACCAGCUGAACUUCAAAGAACCACAACCUGAACACAUCAGGCUGGUGACGGAGUUCUCCAAGAAGACGGGAGACUACCCGAGUCUGUCCGCCACCGACAUCAAAGUCCUGGCUCUGACCUACCAGCUGCAGCUGGAGCACGUCGGCUCCCAACACCUGAGGAAAGAGCCGGAGGUCAAGGUUAAUAUUCAGAGCACGCGGCGACACCCAGAGACUCCGCUUAACGUGGCGGGAUUCCACUUUCCUUCCAAGAAGGCAGCGGACGGUUCGAGCGGCCGACAGUCACAAACAGAGACGUCGAACUCGGUCGACAGCGACGAGUUUAACAGUUUCCAGUUCUGGAGAGCGCCACUGCUGUCCAUCGACGACGAGCUGCUGGGUUUACUGGAUCAAGUCGAGGUUUUGAAUUCAAACAACAAACAGAAACAGACGAACACACAGACGUCUUCUGUGGCGGCCGACAGCGAAGAGUUUAACAGCUUCCAGUUCUGGAGAGAUCCGCUGCCGUCCUUCGACGACGAGCUGCUGGGUUUACUGAACGACGUCUCUGUUUCGGACUCGUCGCCGCAGACAGAGGAGGGGGCGGGGCACAGGGAGUCAGAGGACCAAUCAGAUGACGAGGACAAAGAGAACGAGCCUAAAGAGGAAGAGGAAGAAGAGGAGGUAGAGGAGGAGGAGGAAGAUGAUGAUGAUGAUGAUGAUGAUGAUGAUGAUGAUGAUGAUGAUGACGGAGGUGGAUGGAUCACUCCCAGUAACAUCAAACAGGUGAAGAUGGACACAGCUGAUUGGACGGCUCCAGCUGAUGUCAGAGUGGGAUGUCUGACCACUGACUUCGCCAUGCAGAACGUUCUCAUCCAGAUCGGACUUCAUGUCCUGUCAGUUAACGGGAUGGUGAUCAAACAGGCGAGAAACUACAUCCUGCGAUGUCACGCCUGCUUUAAGACGACGAGCAACAUGAACAAAGUGUUCUGUCCUCACUGCGGAAACAAGACGCUGAAGAAGGUGGCGGUGACGCUCAACGAGGACGGCAGCAUACAGAUGCAUUUCUCCAAAAACCCCAAAGUGCUGAACUGCAGAGGACUGAGGCACGCGCUGCCUCUUCCUCAGGGAGGGAAACACAGCAACAACCCUCAGCUGGUGGAGGACCAGCAUUUCCCUCAGCAGAGACUCUCCCGUAAAGCUCGCCAGAAGACCGACGUCUUCAACCCGGACUACGUGGCCGGAGCCUCGCCGUUCUGCGAGAACGACAUCUACAGCCGCGCCGCCAACCUCCACAUCCGAGACGGCCAGUGCGGAGGCGGCCGGAGACGAGCCAACCCCAACGCCAGCCGCAAGAAGUUCGUCAAGAAGAAGUGAAGAGCCGACGGACGAUGAAGAUGACGGCGUCUCAUCUGUUAAGAACCAAACUGGUUGUUUGAAUAAAUCUGUCACACUUUAAA